AUGGUUGAAGCACAGCUCCACGAUUUCCCAUCCCUCUUCUCCUUGGAAGGCAAGGUUGCCGUCGUAACAGGUGGUUCCCGCGGCCUAGGCCUCAGUGCCGCGUCCGCCCUCCUCCAAGCGGGCGCUUCCAAAGUUUUCAUCUCGUCCCGCAAAGCCGCGGCCUGCGAUGCCGCCUGCAAGGCGCUCAACGCGCUGCCCAACCUGCGGCCCGGCGCUCAGGCCAUCUCGGUGCCGGCCGAUGGCGCCACGCUCGAAGGGGUCAAGCACCUGCUGGCGCAGGUCUCGGCGCAGACGGAUCACGUCGACAUCCUGCUGGCCAACGCGGGCGCGACGUGGGGUGAGAAGUUCGACACGCACCCAGACUCGGCUUUCGCCAAGGUCAUGGACCUCAACGUGCGGGGCGUUUUCAACCUGAUCCGCGAGUUCGCGCCGCUGCUGCAGAAGAGGGCGAGCGUCGAGGACCCGAGCAGGGUGGUCAUCACGUCGAGCGUGGCCGGGUUGGGCGUUGGCACGCUGGGCAAGCAGGGCACGUACGGGUACAGCGCGUCGAAGGCGGCCGUGCUUCACUUGGGGAGGAAUCUCGCCGUGGAAUUGGGCCCGAGGGGAAUUACGGUGAAUAGCAUCUGCCCGGGAUUUUUCCCGAGCAAGAUGAGCAAUGGACUGUUGGACAUGGCUGGCGGUGCGGAGAAGUUGGCCAAGGCGAAUCCAAUGAGGAGGUUGGGGAGAGGGGAGGACAUUGCUGGGGCGGUGGUCUUUCUGACGAGCCGGGCUGGGGCGCAUGUUAAUGGGGCGGCGAUUGAGAUUGACGGCGGCGCGUUGUGGCAGAAGGGUGAGCUACAUCUCAAGUUGUAG